AAUUGAUGGAGAACAAAAGAAAAUGGCCAAAUUCCACGGCUUGUAGAUUUUUUUUUUUUUUCAUUUCUUCCUUUGAUUUUUUACUAACAAUAUUUAAGGGCUGGAGAGGAGAUGGUCUUCUUGUAGAAGUUGGGAACUCAAUGGUGCCCGUUGGUUCAUUGCUAGUUUUCACGUUGAAUUGGAAAAAACUCUGCCUUUUCACUGUCAAGCCUGUCGCUUUUGAGUCAUUUCACUACCCACACUAACGUACACCAUUGAAUUGCGAGAGAGAGAGAGAGUUAUCAGGGGAAAAGAAAAUGAUGAGUGUUAAGCAGUUUUGGACAAAGAAGACGUUGGUUGGACUUGGGUUGGGGCAGUUUCUGUCUCUUCUGAUCACUUCCACUGGCUUCUCUUCAUCUGAACUCGCCAAAAAAGGAAUCAACGCGCCAACAUCUCAGUCGUUUCUAAAUUAUGUACUCUUGACUGUUGUGUAUGGAAGUGUCAUGCUUUACAGAAGGCAAGCACUUAAGGCAAAAUGGUAUUAUUAUGUUGUUCUUGGAUUGGUAGAUGUAGAGGCCAAUUAUCUUGUGGUGAAGGCCUAUCAGUACACAUCUAUAACAAGUGUCAUGCUGCUGGAUUGUUGGUCUAUCCCAUCAGUCAUGCUUCUUACCUUUCUUUUCUUGAAAACAAAGUACAGAUUCAGAAAGAUAGCUGGUGUGAUUGUAUGUGUUGCUGGGCUUGUCAUGGUUGUUUUUUCUGAUGUUCAUGCAGGCGACCGAUCAGGAGGCAGCAACCCUCGCAAAGGAGAUUUAUUCGUUAUUGCUGGGGCAACUCUCUAUGCCAUCAGUAAUGUCAGUGAGGAGUUUCUUGUGAAGAAUGCUGAUAGAGUUGAACUCAUGUCAUUUUUGGGUCUAUUUGGUGCCAUUAUUAGUUCAAUCCAAAUAAGCAUAAUUGAACGCAAUGAACUCAAAUCUAUUCGCUGGACAGCUGGUGCUGCAUUUCCAUUUUUUGGAUUUUCGUUGGCUAUGUUUCUGUUUUACUCAUUUGUCCCGGUGUUACUUAAGAUGAGUGGUUCCACAAUGCUCAAUCUCUCUCUGUUGACCUCAGACAUGUGGGCUGUCUUAAUCCGCAUUUUUGCUUACCAUGAGAAGGUUGAUUGGAUGUACUUUUUAGCAUUUGUUGCCGUAGCUGUUGGGCUUAUAAUUUACUCUGGGGGUGACAAGGAAGAGGAUCAACGCCGAACUGGCGUUGCUGAUGAAGAUGCUGAUACAAGCAAACAUUUUGAUCAGGAGGCUGGUUUCGACAACCUCAAUCGAGGAACUAUGGCUGGAAGCUCGAAAACAGGGGAGACUAGCACGCCUGAUUGUACCACUAGCACCGGGGCCAGGGAAAUCAUUUCGAACAAAAAUGUGGGAAAAGAUACACGAGGGAAGAAAUCAUGA